AUGAGGGUACUAUGCGUCGCCGAAAAACCCUCAAUUUCGAAGGCGAUCACUCAAAUAUUGUCCGGCGGCCAAUACGAGACUAGGAAUACGAAUUCUAGAUUUAUCAAGAAUUAUGACUUUGACUACCAGCCUGCAAGAGCAUUUUUUACUGUUACAGCAGUGAUAGGUCACUUAACAUCCAACGACUUCCCCGCCACUCACCGGCAAUGGCAUUCGUGUGAUCCGUUCGAACUAUUCGACGCGCCAGUAGAAACUCAGGUCGCGUCAGAUAAGAAGGACAUAGAGCGUAAUCUUCAAUCUGAAGCACGACGGUCAGACGUACUCAUGAUAUGGACGGAUUGCGAUCGAGAAGGAGAGCAUAUUGGCAUGGAGAUUGCCCGUGUUUGUCGACAAGUAAAGCCUGGAAUUCGCGUAAAGCGGGCAAGAUUCAGUGCUAUCAUUGCACAACAGAUACACAAUGCUGCACAAAACCCAGUCGAGUUGGAUAGACGUCAAGCGGAUGCAGUGGAGGCUCGAAUAAUGCUGGAUUUGAAGGUUGGAGCGGCGUUUACCAGACUACAGACAUUAAUCUUGCAAGGACGCGUUCCUCAGAUUGAGGCAGAAAAGAGCGUAGUCUCAUAUGGACCUUGCCAAUUCCCUACUCUCGGAUUCGUGGUACAACGAUACCAACUCGUCAAGAACUUUCGCCCCGAAAUGUUCUGGUACAUAUACCUGUCCCUUUCACGACCAGGGAGUGAAGAAGAAACUAAAUUCACGUGGAAGCGGAACCACCUUUUCGAAGAGGCUGUUGUCGCAGCGCUUUUCGCGAUGAUGGGCAACUCGCCCGCCGUUGUUACCAAAGUGACGAACAAGACGACGAAGAAAUGGAAACCUCUUCCUCUCACCACUGUUGAGCUGCAGAAAGCCGGCUCCCGACUGCUUCGCCUGGCUCCAAAGAAGGUGUUGGAUGUCGCCGAGGCUCUGUACACCUCUGGUUUCGUGUCGUAUCCAAGAACAGAGACAGACGAAUUCGAUCCACAGUUCGACCAUAUGUCGUUGAUUAACAAGCAAACAGUGGACCCUACAUGGGGACAAUUUGCCACAGCACUGACUCAAGGCGGAUAUAGCUCGCCACGGCGAGGGAAGAACAACGACAAAGCACACCCUCCAAUUCACCCUACUGCGCAUGCCGCCAACCUAACCGGGGACGAAAAACGCGUUUAUGAGUACAUAACCAGACGAUACCUUGCUUGCUGCUCCAAGGAUGCCGAGGGAUGGCAAACAACAGUGGAGGUCACUUGUGGUGGGGAGGACUUCUCUGCCACGGGCCUGGUCGUAAAAGAGCGAAACUAUCUGGAAGUCUAUGUAUAUGAUAAGUGGACUGGACACCAUGUGCCUGAUUUUAGGGAGGGAGAAGAAUUCCAGCCUACAGUAUGUGAGAUCAGGCAGGGGGAAACGACAAGGCCGAAUUAUUUGACGGAAGCAGAUUUGGUUACGCUCAUGGAUAAGAAUGGCAUCGGCACGGACGCGACAAUUGCUCAACACAUCGAAACCAUUGUCAAACGAAACUACGUCAUUGAACGGUUUGAGGGCGCAGUUAAGUAUCUCGUUCCCUCGACACUCGGAAUAGGGCUAGUGGAAGGCUACAAUUUAAUCGGCCUGACAAAGAGCGUCAGCAAACCACAAAUGCGUCGUGAGACUGAACGUAGGAUGGUUCAAGUCUGCGAAGGAACGACUACCAAAAAUGACAUGCUAACACACAGCCUCGACCAGUACAAGGAAAUGUUCAUCAUCGUGCGGAGAGAGUUUGCUAAAGUGUCUGAUUAUCUUGCUGGUCAAGGUGGGGCUGAGAAUGGGGAAGGUGGAAGAAAUGGUCCUGGCGGGCAUGGGGGUGACGGAGGUGGCGGUCGAGGGGGUGGUGGUGGUGGCGGCGGCGGUGGUGGUGGUGGUGGCGGAAGUGGCAGAGGUGGUAGAGGUGGCAACGGGGCUGCGCGUGGUAGUGGCAGGGGUCAACCUUCAACUCGCGCUGCACGCGGAAGCAAUGGCGCAGGACGGGGCCGCGGAAGAGGCGGGGCGCCAAACUCUGGCAAUAUGAUUUGCAUUGACGACACUGACGAUGACGACGACGGUUUCGGAUCUGCCCCAUCUAGAGCUGUGCCAAAACCCAGGUCAACAAAAGCGCAAGCUGCACCUAGUUCUUCUACCGCCGUUGCGUCGAGUUCUCGGCAGAGCGCUCCACUUCACAUAACAUCUUCGUGGUCCGCAACCACUAUCACCCCUGCUCCUGCUGUACAACCAAUCUCGAGGUCAUCAGCCGGCGACGGACCCCAGUGCGAAUGCAAUAUACCAGCUGUCCAGAAGACCGUAGUCCGUGAAACCGCUUCCAAAGGAAGGCAAUAUUGGACCUGCUCUCAGAAUGGAUGUGGAUUUUUCCAGUGGGCAGACGAUGUCCCUGGAGCUAGUGGCAGCAGUAGCAGCAGUUCGGGUAUACCUCAAAAGCGAACAUAUUCCAAGACGAGAGACGCGUCGACCAGUGAAGGCCUGCCGCGUCAGUGUGCGUGUGGAGAGGAUGCGAUCAUUCUAACGGUACAAAAGGAAAAUGAAAACAAAGGCCGCAAGUUUUGGAAAUGUCAGAGGAAAGAAGCACCAUGCGAUUAUUUUGAGUGGGACGACAAACCACCGAAAGUUGGGACAUUUGGUUCGAAUGGUGGGACUAUGCCCUCGAGAACGUCGUCUUUGAACACGAGUAAAGCAAGUACAACGGAUUGCAACCAAACCGGCCACUGGGCAACUUCCUGUCCAAACAGCGACAGUUCAAGCAACUCGCGGUCAAAGAGCUUCGGCAACAGCUCCUACAACAAAUCUUCCAGCGCGACAUGCUUCAAGUGUCAGAAGCCAGGCCAUUACAGCACAUCUUGUCCGAAUGAUGGGUCCAUCGGCGGUGGGUCUAAAGCUCAGUUUAGUGGACAGGAUUCAUCCGGAAACGAGUGUUAUAAAUGUGGUAGCGCUGGUCAUUGGAGUACACAUUGUCCCUCUGGUGGUAGCUCCAGCGGAUCUAAGCGAGGUUCUAAACGUGGUCGUGGUGGUUCUUCGACUAGAGGCAGAAGAGGACGAGGAGGAAGCAAAAAGAAAUCUGCUUUUGCGGCGGCUGACGAUUAUUAA